UUUGUCACAUGGACGUCUUUUUAGCUUAUACCAUAAUCUUCUUCACUUUUGGCAUGAAGCCCAGGGGCUCUUAAUUAAUAUGACCUUUCACUUAUUGGAAAAAUGUAAUUCACUCGUCACUCGGACGAAAUUGCGAAAGUUGAUCCUCCGUCAGAUUCCACGUGUUGUUGACCUGGCAACCUACGGUGCUUUAAAUUCGAUUGUUUUGCAAUCAUUUAUGAUCUAGCGCUAUUUGCAACGCAACAUCCGACUUCUAGUUGUGUCUAAAUUAAUCUUGCUCAACGAUAGUCAAACUUGUGAGCUGUGGAGAUUUUGCUGUCGAUUGCGUUUCUGACUCUCUUUCAGCGGUUACAGUGAAUCAAGGUUUUUCGGAUUUUUGGCGUGUUCUAAGCAUCUUCUUUGUUCUGAUCGCUCCGAACAUUCGAGGCACAGAAGACCACGAGAGGCGAGAGAUCAGUGAAACAAUGCAGAAUGAGGAUGAGGGCUUUCGCAAUCACCAGAUAAGAGGGACGCGGGAAGCCUGGAUGUCAUUUCAAAGACAACGUCCAAUGUUAGUGCCGGGAACUGGCGCAAGAAGCUGGCCUAAUUCAAGGCCCGCUGGAUUGUCUACUUUAGAAAUGGGCUUCAACAGACGAGCAGUGUCCACCACAGAAUCGCACUCACGAAAUCUUCCACCAAUGGAAUACAAUCUGCGGCCGGGUAACAGGAAAGUUGGGAUUAAAGCCGAAACAGGAGAUAAAGGACAGCAGGCUUGGGCCAAGACAUGGGCUAGAAUGCGUGCAGAACAAACUAAUGUACAUGCAAAAGGCUGCACAAAUCACAAGCGUCGAAACCCAACAAUAAGCCGCCUGACAAACACAGGAUUAACAUCAGCAUGCAAGAGGAACGAGAUCGUAGCGAUGAAUGAAAAGGAAGCAAUGGUGUACAAGAGGUUAAAAGGAAUCUAUGCCAAUUCUACAGAUAAAUCAGUGAGGGCUCAGCGAUUAAAAGACAACAUAAAUUCACUGCAGUCCAGAACACUGCACUCUGAGAUAGACCACAGCUUGAAAGAGUACAAGAAAAGAGAAGAAGAGGAUAAGAGGAACAGAUCAGAACUUAAACGUCUAAGAGAAAGGUAUUCGCGCGAUAAAGAUCGCAGGAAUAAAAGAUCUUAUUUGAGUUUGAACGCAUUAGAGUCACCCCAAGUGUCACGCCAUGCUUAUGGGUUACCCGAGGAAGGACAUGAGCAUAUGCAAUCCGGAGUCACACAACAAGCUCAGGAAAGGUUACGUGACAUUUGGCAAAGUGCUAUGAAGCGGGCCGCGUUGGUUGAUAAAAUAUUAAACUCAUGGACGCAACAAAAAGCACCUUUACCUGAAAUUAAGAUAAGAAGGCAAAGUGUGUCCCAUAAAGAAGCGAGAAGGCCGAGUGAUGAAGAAAAUAUAGAGGACAAAUUGCGCCGAAACUCCAAAGAGACUGUCAAUCAGCUUGAAAUGGUUUUAGGAGAAAUAGAUGUUAUGUCAACAGUUGUGUCGGACUCAGACGAAGAAGACCCUGAAGACAGUGAACAGGACAUUGUUUGAUAUUAUAAACAUUUGAAAGUUUCAUUUGAAAUUAAUUUCCAUCGCUUUAUAUUUAUCUUACUCCACAACAAAUCAUGUGACGAGGAAAUAAACGAAUCAUUCGAAAGCUUUUCAUCGUCCUGUUAAUAAUGAAAUCACCUCGGUGGUUAUAUAGCAAUUUUCAAUUGAUUGUCGAGAGCUGUCCCUAGAUAUUCCGUUUUGAAUUGGUUUUUCCUUUACUUUUGGGAUUGGUCCAGAAUACUCGCACCUAUUGCUCAGCCGAGCAGAUUCAAAAGUGUUCAUCCGCGUUUUCCCGCGCUGCAAACAGUUU